GUCUGCUCUUGUGGUGGGUUUCCAAAUGGGAGCAGGAGAUCUGCUUUCUGGAGGAAAGUCGCUGCCUCAAACGUCAACAUGGCCUCUGCAGAUGGUGCCGCCGCCUCAUCGGCUGCAACAGCCGAACAAGAUCCAAAAUGUAUAACUGACAGGGUCACUAGCCUACCGCUGGUCAGCUCUGCCUACGACAUGGUCUCCUCCGCUUACACUUCCACUAAAGAGAGCCACCCGUAUGUGAAAUUGGUUUGUGAUAUGGCAGAGACGGGGGUCAAAACGAUUGCUGCCGCUGCCGCCACUGGAGCCCAGCCCAUCUUGACUAAGCUGGAGCCACAGAUUUCAAGCGCCAACGCAUAUGCGUGCCAGGGGCUGGAUAAACUGGAGGAGAAGUUGCCAAUCCUUCAGCAGCCGACUGAUAAGAUUUUUUCUGACACCAAAGAACUGGUGACUUCCACUGUGUCCGGGGCCAAAGAUGCCAUCAACCACACGGUCACCGGGGCCAGAGAUGCCGUCACCAGCACAGUGACCGGGGUGGUUGGCAAGACAAAGGAGGCGGUCCAAGGGGGUAUGGAGAUGACCAGGUCAGCAGUGGCUGCUAGUGUCAACACGGUGAUGACCUCCUCAGUAGGUCAAAUGGUGACCAGCGGCGUGGAUACCAUGCUGGAAAAGUCUGAGAGCCUGGUUGACCACUACCUUCCAAUAACCGAGAAGGAACUGACUGAACUGGCCACUUCCAUGGAAGGGUUUGAUAUAGCCACCGUGGAGGAACAGCAAGCGCAGCGGAGCUAUUUUGUCCGCCUGGGGUCCCUCUCAAGCAAAGUCAGACUCCGGGCCUACCAGCACUCCUUGGGGAAACUGAGGGACGCCAAGCAGGGCACUCAAGAUGCUCUUUCCCAGCUCUCCCAGACAAUCGAACUGAUCGAGCACCUUAAACAAGGGGUGGACCAGAAAAUCCACAGUGCCCAGGAGAAGCUACACCAGAUGUGGCUGCAAUGGAGUCAGAAACAAUCGCCUGACAGCAGCCAGAAAGAUGCUUCUCAGCCAGAGAUUGAAUCUCAAGCUUUAGAGGUCUCCCGUGGCCUCGCUCAGCAGCUCCACUCCGCCACUGCGACCCUGGUCUCCAACCUCCAAGGACUCCCCACGGGCAUCCAGGAGAAAGUGAGCCUCGUCCGUCAAAAUGUGGAUGAACUCCGGACCUCAUUCUUAUCUGCCAAGUCCUUCCAGGACUUGUCUUCAUCCAUCUUGGCCCAGAGCAGGGAGAGAGUCGCCCAGGCCCGGGAGCUAACGGAUGAGUUGCUGGAGCAUGUGAGCCGUAAUGCUCCACUCUCCUGGGUGGUGGGGCCCUUCACCGCAUCUGGCAAGCAGGAAGGGGAGGAAAUAGAGAUGCAGUAGAAUUUGGAACACUCUUUUUUUUGUGGGAGUGAGGAGUGCUGUUGGAAAUCUAGGCUGCUCUGAGUAUUGGCCUGAUGCAUGGAACAGCCCAAAUGGAAACUGAAUUAAACUCCUUUCUCAGCCUGGGAGCACUGUCCUAAAAAAAGAGCAGAGAAUGCUGUGGGAGGGAAGUUUGGGAAUGUCAUACAAGCUUUGGCUGCCAUUUUGAUGGCCUGCCUUUUGCACAGGCAGCAUGUACUAGCCACCUGUCCUGCUGGGGUACUCUUUGGCCAAUUAAAAGCCAAGCUUGAAAUUUGGGGUGCUGGAUCUUGUCCAUUCCCAUCCUCCCAUACCCAAAUGUGAGCAUGUUAUUUUUCCGGACGGUUCAGAAAAAUGGCCAUGCUUUUAGAGAGGGUUCCAGCAUCAUUUAGCAGAGAAAUGUCCUCAACAGAACUUGGCGGGGGGAUGUUUCCUUACAAACACUCCUUGUGGUGAAAUUGAGGGAUUGGGCACAAGUGGUGGUGUGUAAUGAAUAAAAACUACAGGGAACCAAGAAAAGUAUUUUCUCCCUUGGAAACCUUGCAUGAAUGCCUCUUUGUAUAAUGAAACAGAAUGUUGUCAAGAUACCUUUUAAACCAUUUGGCUCUCAAAUGUCUUGGCUGAGUGGUCUAGAUCUCUGAAUUCUAAAGCUACCCGGAAAAAAGAGGGGGGGGGGCACAACUAAACCUACCUCUCCUUUAACCUGACAGAGCAUAUUUUCUGAAACAUGCCUGUAGUCCUACUUAAGUCAAGUUCUGUCUUUCCAGGACUAUCUCCUUGCUCCUUAUUGAUUGUGUAACCCACAUGUGUGCCUUGAUUUCAAUAAAUGUUAUUGCAUUAAA